ACAGGUUUUGUGUUUGGUGGUCAGUUGUCAUCUGUAGCAGCAGUAAAGGAUCUCUUUCAGUCUGAGUAGUCAUCUGAGGUUAGCAGUCAGUGUAUCAUCUAGAACAAACAAGUUUGAACAUCUAGGCUGCACCACACUAGAUUUGGUGACCAACUCCCAAGAUGAUAGUGGAGUUGUUAUUACUUGCCCUGUUACUUCUGGUUCUCCGCUUGUUUGUGUUUAAAUCUAAAGCACAGAGAAUGUAUGAUAAAUUCCCAGGGCCCAGAUCCUAUCCUAUAAUUGGCUCUCUACUGGAAUUUGACUAUCCAAACGUUGAAGUGACAGAGACCUUUAAACAACUCUCCUACAAGUAUGGACCUGUCUAUAUGAUAAGAAUGGGACUGGAUCCAGUUAUAUGCGUCAGGAGUCCACAAGAUUUUGAGGCAAUUCUUGGCAGCACUACUAUCAUUGAUAAGGCUCCAUCAAUCUAUUGGAUUCUAUAUUCAUGGCUGAACCGAGGUCUUCUUACCAGUGAAGGAAGUAAGUGGAGAAAGCACAGGAAAAUAUUGACACCAGCUUUCCACUUCAGAAUCUUGGAUAAGUUUGUCCCAGUUUUUGAGAAAAAUGCUCGUAUCCUUAUAGAAAAACUGGGAGGAAUGGUGGGAAAGGAAUUUGACAUUAUGCCUACAAUUUCCCUUUGCUCCUUAGAUAUCAUAAGUGAAACGGCUAUGGGUCUAGAAGUAAAUGCUCAAAAGAAAGAAUCAAAAUAUGUGAAGGCAGUGAAUGAAUUGCUAGAGAUCAUAGCCCAUCGCAAUUUUGAUGUGAUCCAGAGGUCUUUCAUCUUUGACUUUCUACCGGAAGGGAGACGCCAUAAUAAACUGAUUAAAUAUCUUCACAGCGUAACUGAAAGU